AUGGCCGCAACAAUCACCGCCACCCGACGUGUCCUUGUGGUAGGCGGAGGAAAUUGUGGACUGGCACUUGCUUUAGGCCUGCAAAAGGCUAGGAUUCCAUACACACUCUUCGAGCGAGAUGGCGAAGGAGACUUCCUGAACCGAUCCAGAGACUGGGACAUGCUCCUACACUGGGGCGACGAGUAUCUGCGAAAGUUGAUACCAAAGCGGCUUCACGGGCGCUUGAACGAGGCCACAGUUGAUCCGGACUACAACUUCAAGUCCAACGAAAGACUCCCGCAGCUCGACGCUGAUACCGGUGAAAUCAUGCGCUACGUAGAGAUGCCACUCCUUACUCGCAUGUCCAGGAAGAGGUUGCGCAUGUUCUUGAUCAGGGAACAAAACCUCAAUAUCAAGUUCGGCAAACGCGUGACAAGAGCCGACCUCGAUUCAACUGAUGAAGUCUCCCUCGACUUCGAGGACGGCUCACGAGUGCAAGGCGCCUGCAUUAUCGGUUGUGACGGAUCGAGAUCUCGAAUGCGAGACUUUCUUUGCGGAGCGAAAGCGAAACCGGAACAGGUGGACCUUACCAUGAUCAACCAUGUCGCCAGGUAUCCAGCCAAGGUAGCGAAGACGAUACGAAUGCAGAUGCAUCACCCGAUUGUCCAGCUCGGGUUUUCCAAAGAACAAGUAGCAACGCUUCUGGCAGAUUCUCAAGAACGUUUGAGGUACUACAGAGAAAGAGCUUCCAAACUUUGCGAACCAUAUCGUACCGCAGCGCUAGCGUUAACAGACAACGAGCUGCUCCCAGUCGACCGGGAACAGCAAUGGUCACCGUUUCCAUGGGACAACAGAGGAGGCAAAGUUACUCUCGCAGGAGAUGCUGACAUUCGAUGCUUCCUCGUAAAUCGCGGCCAGGGACUAAAAAAUGCUGUCAAGGAUGCCAGUGAGCUUGUUGAUGCUCUGACAGCGGUAUACAAGGGUCAGAAAUGCUUGGAAGAAGCGAUAGCCAGCUACGAGGCCGAGAUGAUCCCUCGGGGCGCCAACGAGAUUCGGCUGACGCAGCUGGUAGCAGAGAAGAGAAGAGACAUGAAGAACAAUGAUCCCAUGAUACUGAAGGGUCUGCAGAAAGCGGAAUAG